CUGCAAGCCCUAAUUUCUCCUCCUCCUCCUCCAUGUCGUUGCGCGUCGCUCGCAGGCUGCUUCUCGAACGCGUGCCGAGAAGGGCUCCGCCGACGUCGACUCGGCUUGCCGCCUCCGUAGCGCCCUCUAUCGCUGCCGUCGAUGGUUUCUCUCCGCCUACGCCUCGCUGCCCUCUCGGACUCCUUCGCCAAUAUAGGCUUUUCUUCUCCACUCAGCCUUCGGUUCUCGAUCAGGCGCAGAAUCCGGCCGUCGUUGACCCCCGAUCCCUCUUGCCUGAGGAGGAGUUCCAUAGACUAGCAGAUGAAACAAUACAUGAUUUACUAGAGAAGUUUGAGGAAUAUGGUGAUGCCGUACAACUCGAUGGCUAUGAAAUCGACUACGGGAAUCAUGUUUUAACCUUAAAUUUGGGGACUUUUGGCACCUAUGUGAUAAACAAGCAAACUCCAAACAGACAGAUCUGGUUAUCUUCACCAGUAAGUGGUCCUUCAAGAUUCGACUGGGAUGCAACCGCAAACACUUGGGUGUACAAGAGGACAAAAGCUAACCUAUUGCAGCUUCUCGAAGAAGAAGUCGGGAAACUUUGCGGCAAACCUAUCACUCUUUGCUGAUUUUCAUCAUAUUCCUAUGCAAUUACCGGCUUCCUGAAUCAUUCAGGGAAAGGAUAACUGAACAAGAUAACCUUCCAAUUCCCGUUCUGCUCGACACAUGAAAAAAGGAUUGUGAUCGAUCGCAUCAGUGUUAGUGUUGAUCUAGUUCUUCGGAUAAUUGAGUGCUUGUGCUGUUACACAAGCAUCAGACUCCUUAGCUUGUUUUGUGCUUUUCAUCAGUGAUUUGUGUCGAUGAGAGAGAGUUUGGGCGGUCACUGGCUGAUAUGAGCAUGAACUAUUCUGUGUUGUGUCGACUUAAAAGAAAUUAAUUACAAAUUAUAAUAAUUUUAAAUAAAAUUAUUACA